CCCUCCCCAGCAGCCUCGGAGAUCAGUGCUUUUGUUCUUAAGUGCGGCUCAUUAGACCCUGGCUGUGUGCCUGACACUGGGCCUACUGCUUUAAGAAGAAAUCACAGGCCCCCUUUGCAGCCUGCGAUAUGCCAGACUCCAUCAUGAGGUGCUCUGAGGGAGAUAGGAUCACUUCUGUUUUGUAAGUGAAGAAACUGAGGCUCAAAAGAAUGAGGAUCCAGUGAGAGAAUCAUCUUGACAAUGCUUUGGAAAGUGUUCCUGCUGGAGGAAGUGCAGGGAAAACAGUCAACAAUUAACAGACAGAGGCCAGGUGGGAUGCCGAUGGUGACAAAGGAGGGACGGGGUUGGGGUGCUGGAGUCCGGAGAGGUUUGUGAUUUGAACUAGAGAGGGUGGGGAAGGCCUGGCUGAGAAGGCGGCACCGCUUCUGAUUCUGAACCUUUCUGUAAUCUACACAAAAGUCAAGGACAUGGGUAUGAUUAGUCAUCCCGAAGAAGGACAAAGAAAUCAAGCCCCAAGAAUGAGUCCAAGGUCAAACGGCUGGGACGUGGAGGAACUGAAAUCUGAGCUCAGUCGUCUAGCCCGUGCUUGCCACCACCACACCGUACUGGGCGCCGAGAGAAAAAGAGAGGACGGAAUGCAAGGGAAAAGGGAAAAAAGGGCGUAUGGGGGCCUUGCGAUGGUGGCCAUCUGUUUUCCAAACUGAAAAUCAGGACACGACCUGAAAAGAUUUUCCUGUUGCUCAUAAUGAGAGUGGCCGUCUGGGAGAGGCAGUUUGGAUGCUGGCCCGAAGGGUGGGAUUUCUGAGACAUUCCAGUGGCUUUUGGGCUCACGAGGCAGUCCAAGGGUAAGGCAUUGCCAUGGCAACCCCAGCCUGGCCUGGGGGCCAAGAGCCUGGUGCAGGGCCACAUGGCAGAGAAGCUGAGCCGGGCACAGGCCCAAGAUUCUGCAGGCCAAGGGGGUGGCCAAGGCUGAGGAGGAGGUGGAGAGGGGAGAGGGGUACGACCUGGCACCCGUGCUCUGGGCCGACUGGGAGGCUACGCUGGCAGAUUCCCAGAAGCCCCCUGGCAGGAGUCUCUGAGGCUUAUGGGGCAAGAACCCAGGCUUUCCUGUUAGACAAGUCUCAUUUGAAUCCUUCCUCUCUCUGGCCCUGGGCAAGUCACACAACUCUGAUGAGCUUGUUUCCCCAUCUGCAAAAUGGGGCUAAGAACUCAUCUCUAAGGAGAGUUGCGAGGAUGAUCCUGCUGGGAUCCUUCAGCAGCCGUGGCUGGUGCACUGCAGACUCAGUCCAUGGUCACUGCGGUUUCCCUCCACCCGGCAAGGCGCUGGGGGCAUGCCAGGAUGGUAAGUCGGGUGGGAAACGGAUGACCUGGCCAGCCAGGGCCGUCGCAGAUUCCCAGCCAAGCCCUGCAUGUGGGCUGCGGCUUGGUCAGCAACACAAGAACAAUACCCUUCCCAAACAGCCAGGCCCACAGUGCAAACCCUGCCCCCCUCACCCUCCUCUCUUCACUACAGCCCCAGUGCCCUGCUUCAUAAGCCUCUCCCCUGGGGGCUCCAGGACCCAAACGUCCUCUGUGCCGGUGGGCAGUGGAGCAGAGACAUCCCUUUGUUCCUGCCAGGUGACACCUUCCCUGUUGUCUGAGACUUUCAGCAAACUGCUGCUCCCACUAGUCCUUAAAGAAAGGAAAGAACCAGAAGGAACUUCAAAGGCUUUUGCCUUCCACCCUCCCCAAUACCUCUUCUGUGGACUGAGCUGCACCCCUCUGGCCACUGCCAGGGCAGAGUCAAGGGCAGCUGGAAUUCCCGCCCCACCAAACCUCUACCAAUAAUUCACCACCGUGCGGCCUUGAGCAUCCUCUCUGGGCCUCCUUCCCUUCAUUUGUAGAGUGGGGAUUUAGACUAGAUGGUCUCUACAGUCUAGUCCUGACCCCUAAGGGAUUACAUUCCUCCACUCCUUCAUCCAUGUGCUCCCUCAUUCACAGCAUUUACCACUUUUUGACACUGCGUCUGUUCUGUUUGUCCACUGGCUGCCUUC